GGCGCGAAAUUCAAGCGUGGCGGUGGUGGGGAAGGCGAUCGUUCGAAACCUUUGCCAAAACUCAGGCCCCAAGUAUGGCGAUGUUGUUUGACGGGAUCAGCCAGCAGCUGGACUUCACUAGCUGUGGAGAGGAGGGGAGCAGCAGUGACAACAGCUCAGAUGACUACACCCCCAUGAUCCGGAGCCCCAGGAUCAGGAGUCCCAGGAUCAGGAGUCCCAGGAUCAGGAGCCCCCAGAUCAGGAGCCCCCGGAUCCACAGCCCUGCAUGCAGGACGCCGAGGGUGCAACGCCACCGCAGUAGAAACAACACCUUAUCUUCCCCUUUACAGUGCACCAGCCCCAUACCUUACGCUUCCUGGAAGAAACUGAGGCUCUGUGACUCUCCCAGCACACCCAAGAGCCUCCUAUCCAAGUCGUCCCAGCCUUGCUCCAGCACCAAGAUAAAUCGCCAGAAGACCCUGCGUUUCACAUCAGCCACUGCAAACUACAUCCACGCACCUUCUGUCAAUGUGAAUCCUUUCACCCCCGACACAGUCCGCAGGAACAGCGAACAGCAGUGGAGGAACAGUUUUAGGAGUGAUGAUGAUGACGACUAUGGACGCAGGUUGAAACACAGCCUAACGUCAUCUGAGGAGGAUGAUGAAGCCUUCCUCCCACCAAAGAGACGAGCUGUCCAAGCCUUAAUGCUGUCACGCUACGAGAGUGAGUUCCUGGAGCUGGAGUGCAUUGGCGUGGGCGAGUUUGGGGCAGUUUACAAGUGUGUGAAGAGGCUGGACGGUUGCUUGUACGCCAUAAAACGUUCUCGCAGACCCCUGGCAGGCUCUGCCAACGAGCAGCUGGCCUUAAAGGAAGUGUACGCACAUGCUGUUCUUGGGCACCACCCACAUGUUGUUCGAUAUUAUUCAGCAUGGGCAGAAGACGAUCACAUGAUUAUUCAGAAUGAAUAUUGUGAUGGUGGAAGUCUCAGUGACGCCAUCAUAAAGAAGGAGGUGCAGGGUGAGCUGUUUUCAGAGGCCGAGUUGAAAGAUCUGCUCUUACAAGUGUCUAUGGGGUUGAAAUACAUCCACAGCUUAGGCCUUGUGCACCUGGACAUCAAACCAAGUAAUAUAUUCAUUUGCCAGCGCCCCAGCACAAGUGCUGCAGGCGAAGGGGAGAGUGAGGAGGAAGAUGACGGAAGCGCGUCAGCUGGAGUCAUUUACAAAAUUGGGGAUCUGGGUCAUGUGACAUCAACCAACAGUCCUCAAGUCGAGGAAGGGGACAGCCGCUUUCUGGCCAGUGAGGUCCUGCAUGAGGAUUAUAGCAACCUCCCCAAGGCAGACCUCUUUGCCCUGGGCCUUACGGUGCUGCUGGCAGCUGGCGCCCCUCCUCUGCCUCAAAAUGGAGAUGAGUGGCAUAGCCUUAGAGAGGGGCAGCUCCCCAAACUCCCAAAGGAGUUAUCACCACCCUUCAGAGGCCUAAUUCAGUUGUUGCUGGAUCCAGACCUGACGAAGCGUCCGUCUGCCAGGGAGCUUUGCAAACACACGGUCUUAAGGGAGGAGAGGGCCGGGAGGGUGGCUGCUCAGCUACGCAGAGAGCUCAAUGUAGAGAAGUUCAGGACGGCCAUGCUUGAGAAAGAGCUCCAGGAAGCUCGUCAGGCCGCUCAGUCACCCAUGCAGAGCCUCCCUCCUGGGCUGAAACCCCCUGCUCAGAUGGGGUCUCAACCAAGAACUGGGAGGAGGCUUGUUGGCAGGAACACUGCACGAUCCAUGAGCUUGGGUUUUCCAGGGUAUGUAGUCUGAUGUAAUGUGACUCCUUCUGCAACAGUGUUAUGAUAAAAAUGUACUGUGUCUAUUUCCUAUGCAGCAAAUAACUGGAUGGACAAUCCUAUAAGUGUCUGAAGAACCUUGGACGGCAUUGGUUUUAAAUUGGUUUUAAAGGACUAAUCUGACUUUUCAAGUGAUUUUUAAAUAGCUUGUAAUUGCUGCAGACCAAAUGUACUUAACCAAUCAAUGACUUGUUUUUUUUUAUUGUAAAUAAACAUUUUAAGCAUUUUUUCA